GGCAUCUCCGUCGAUUCUCCCUCCUUCGUUUUCUAGAUCACCCUGAAAACCCUAAAUUUUCACAUGACAAACCCUGAAAUUACGACAUUGCCACUCCCCAACUCCUCUCUCUGAUUCCCCUCCGCCGCCCUCCUCCACUCUCCGACCAUGUCUCUCCCGCCCGUAGAGCGCGCGCACAUCAAAGAGGACCACCUCCGUGAAUGGAAGGCCGGAAACCCUAGCUUCAAGCUCCCGGAUCCCGUCCCGAUGCUCCGCUUCCUCUACGAGCUCUGCUCCACCAUGGUUCGCGGUGAACUGCCGGUUCAGAAGUGCAGAGCGGCUUUGGACUCGGCGGAGUUCUCCGAGAAGGUUUCGGAGCUAGAGGUGGCUUCAAGCUUGGCUGAUAUUGUUACUCAAAUGUCUCAGGAUCUUACCAUGCCUGGAGAGCAUCGAGCCCGUCUCACAAAACUGGUCAAAUGGUUGGUGGAAUCUUCUUUGGUUCCAUUACGGCUUUUUCAGGAGCGCUGUGAGGAAGAAUUUUUGUGGGAGGCUGAAAUGAUCAAGAUAAAGGCUCAAGAACUGAAGAGUAAAGAGGUUAGAGUGAAUACCCGUCUUCUAUAUCAGCAAACAAAGUUUAAUCUCCUUCGAGAAGAGAGCGAGGGAUAUGCCAAGCUGGUUACACUUCUUUGCCAAAAUUCAGAAAGUUCAUCGCACAAUGCUGGAGCUACAAUAGGCAUUAUAAAGUCAUUAAUCGGACAUUUUGAUUUGGACCCAAAUCAUGUUUUUGAUAUCGUUUUGGAGUGUUUUGAACUUCUGCCAGACAACAAUGUCUUUUUGGAGUUGAUACCAAUAUUUCCAAAGUCUCAUGCUUCACAAAUCCUUGGUUUCAAAUUUCAACAUUACCAGCGUAUGGAAGUAAAUGACCUUGUACCAUUUGGACUCUAUAAGCUUACAGCUUUGCUGGUGAAGGAGAAUUUUAUUGAUCUUGAUAGCAUAUGUGCUCAUUUACUCCCGAAGGACGAUGAGGCGUUUGAGCAUUAUAGUGCUUUCUCAUCCAAGCAGCUUGAUGAGGCUAAUAAAAUUGGUAAAAUAAAUCUCGCUGCUACUGGGAAGGAUUUGAUGGAAGAUGAGAAACAAGGAGAUGUGACUAUAGAUCUCUUUGCAUCAUUAGACAUGGAUUCAGAGGCAGUAGGAGAACGAUCUACAGAGUUUGAAAAUAAUCAGACUUUGGGCUUGCUUACUGGUUUUCUUUCUGUAGAUGACUGGUAUCAUGCACACAUACUAUUUGAACGUCUUUCACCUCUAAAUCCUGUUGAACAUAUCCAAAUAUGUAAUAGCUUGUUCAGGCUCAUUGAAAAAUCCAUCUCUUGUGCAUACAACAUGGUUCACCAAGCACGUCUCAAUAACUUGGGGACCUCCUCAGGAACCAGUGUUGGUGUCAUGACUACAGAAAACGCAUCAGCUAGUGGUUCUGUUAUAGAACUACAAAAAGAACUUUUUCAGAUGCUUGCUAUUGUUGGGCCUUACCUUUAUCGUGAUACUUUGCUGCUACAGAAGGUUUGCAGAGUAUUAAGAGGUUAUUACUUGUCUGCACCCGAGCUUGGAAGGAUGGGUGGCGUAGCUGUUUCUGCAAGUAAUCCUGGUUUGCCCCUUAAGGAAGCUAGGUCACCCCGUCAAUUAGCAAUGUUAAGGGUAGAGGAAGCCUUCCGCACAUGUCUACUUCCAUCUUUACAGUUAAUACCUGCAAAUCCAGCUGUUGGAAUGGAAAUUUGGGAAGUGAUGAGUCUACUUCCAUAUGAGGUGAGGUAUCGUUUAUAUGGUGAAUGGGAAAAAGAAGAUGAACGAAUUCCUAUGGUUUUAGCUGCAAGGCAAACAGCCAAGUUGGACACUAGAAGGAUUUUGAAGCGGCUUGCAAAAGAAAAUUUAAAGCAGCAGGGUCGGAUGGUUGCAAAAUUAGCUCAUGCAAAUCCAAUGACUGUACUCCGAACAAUUGUUCAUCAGAUUGAGGCAUACAAAGAUAUGAUAACUCCUGUUGUGGAUGCAUUUAAGUAUUUGACUCAGCUUGAAUAUGAUGUGCUGGAAUAUGUUGUGAUUGAGCGUCUGGCGCAAGGAGGGCGCGAUAAGCUAAAAGAUGAUGGGCUUAACUUGUCAGACUGGCUCCAAUCUUUGGCUUCAUUUUGGGGUCACUUGUGUAAAAAAUACCCAUCUAUGGAAUUGAGAGGCCUUCACCAGUACCUUGUCAAUCAGUUGAAAAAGGGCCAAGGAAUUGAGCUCGUUGUUCUUCAGGAGCUUAUUCAGCAAAUGGCAAAUGUCCAUCACACCGAGGACCUUACUGAAGAUCAGCUAGAUGCGAUGGCUGGGGGUGAGACUCUCCGUCAUCAUACCACUGGGUUUGGUGCUACCCGACAUAACAAGCAAUUAAUCAAGUCCAUGAACAGGCUAAGGGACUCGCUGCUUCCAAAAGAUGAAACUAAGCUGGCAAUCCCCCUUUUAUUACUUCUUGCUCAGCAUCGUUCUUUGGUCAUAAUAGAUGCAGAUGCACCUUAUAUUAAGAUGGUUAGCGAGCAGUUUGAUAGAUGUCAUGGAGCACUCCUUCAGUAUGUGGAAUUUCUUAGCAGUGCCAUGCCAUCAGCAUCAGCUUAUGCUCAGCUGAUCCCUUCACUUGAUGAUCUAGUCCACAAAUACCACCUUGAUCCUGAGGUUGCUUUCUUGAUUUAUCGCCCAGUAAUGAGGCUGUUCAAGAGUUCCACGAGUUAUGAUGUUUUCUGGCCUCUAGACAAUGAUGAUGCUCAAAGUGUUACAUCUGCAAAUUCAGAGUCCGAAGCUGUACAGAACUCUGGCAACGUGGUUCUGGAUCUCGGGUCUACAUCGAACCCUAUAACGUGGUUGGAUCUUCUUGACACUGCUAAAAGCAUGUUGCCUGCAAGAGCCUGGAAUAGUUUGUCCCCUGAUCUUUAUGCUACAUUUUGGGGGCUCACACUUUAUGAUCUUUAUGUCCCAAGAAAUUGCUAUGAAUCUGAAGUUGUGAGACAGCAAGCCUCUAUAAAAGUUCUGGAAGAGCAGACUGAUAAUUCGAUUUCUGCAAUAAAUAAAAGGAAGAAGGAGAAGGAAAGAAUUCAAGAAACCAUAGAUAGGCUGACUAGUGAACUUCGUAAGCAUGAGGAACAUGUUGCAUCUGUUCGUAAACGGUUAUCGCGUGAGAAGGACAAAUGGUUGAGUUCAUGUCUUGAUACUUUAAAGAUCAACAUGGAAUUCCUUCAGCGUUGUAUAUUUCCUCGUUGUACUUUCAGCAUGCCAGAUGCUGUCUAUUGUGCCAUGUUUGUGCACACUCUUCAUUCCCUGGGAACACCAUUUUUUAACACAGUCAACCACAUGGAUGUCCUUAUCUGUAGAACCUUACAGCCUAUGAUAUGCUGUUGCACUGAAUCUGAAGUUGGUAGACUGGGGAAGUUUCUUUGUGAGACCUUGAAGGUUGCUUACUAUUGGAAGAGUGAUGAAUCUAUUUAUGAGCGCGAUUGUGGAAACAUGCCAGGCUUUGCUGUCUAUUAUAGAUUUCCAGAUAGCCAGCGGGUUCGAUAUGGCCAGUUUGUCAAGGUGCACUGGAAAUGGAGUCAAAGGAUCACUAGAUUGUUGGGUCAGUGUCUGGAAUCUACGGAGUACAUGGAAAUUCGAAAUGCUCUCAUAAUCUUAUCAAGAAUUUCUAGUGUUUUCCCGGUUACUAAAAAGAGUGGGAUUAACCUCGAAAGACGGGUGUCCAAGAUCAAAGGUGAUGGGAGAGAGGACCUUAAGGUGUUGGCAACAAGUGUUGGUGCUUCUUUGGCUGCUAGAAAGCCUUCAUUGGUUUCGGAUGAAGAAUUUUGCAUGGGCUACGUUGAACUGAAGUCUACAACAUCUUCGAAGCCUUCAUCCAGUAAUCUAGGAGCAAUACAGAGUGCUCCUGCCACUAACAAUUCUCCAACUGAACCUGUUGGUGGAAGAGCAGGAACCCUUGUCUCCCAACACUCGGAAUCAAUCAUUUCAACCAGAGACCACGUGUCAAAAGCUAAACCUGCAGAUGGGAGGUUGGAAAGGGUAGAAAGUAUCUCAAAUGCAAAAUCUGAUCAAGGGCAUUUAAAACAUAAAGGUGUCUCAUUGGUGAAUGGUUCAGAUGCUCAUGCAUCUGUACCAUCAGGUAUUUUACAAUCUGGAACGUCAAGGCCUAUUGAAAAUCAAGUGCAAGUGAACGAAAUCUCAAACCGGACACUGGAUGAAAAUAUGGGAAAACCUGCCGCAAAGAACACUUCAGAAUCUGAGUCGAGGGGCCAAGCGAAACGGUCUGUUCCUGCUGGGGCUAAGCCAUUGAAACAAGACCUUGCAAAGGACGAAAGUAGAUCUGGAAAAGCAGCUGGGUCUACGGUUAUAACAGUAAAUGGUGGCACGGUAUCAUCUUCGGGCAAAGGCCCAGCUACGGUAGGUAUUGAAUCAAAAGUGGAGGGUGGAUCUGCAAAGAUAUCCAGUACAAGGAUUAAGGAGGAAGGUGCUGAGGUUUCUGACACGGCAAGGCCCCCUUCCUCUCGAUUCAUUCACUCUCCUAGACAUGAUAGUUCUGCUAGCCUCUCUAAGUCUGGUGAUAAACUUCAGAAAAGAAACAGCCCCGCAGAAGAAACGGAUAGACAAAGUAAACGCCGAAAAGGGGAGGCUGAAACGAGAGAUUUUGAGGGUGAAGCUCGACUGUCUGAUCGAGAGAGGUCCACUGAUGCUAGACUGUUGGAUGUUGACAAAUCAGGAACUGAUGAUAGAGGUGGUCAUAAGACCACUGAAAAGGCCUCAGAUCGGUCUAAAGAUAAAGGAAGUGAAAGACAUGAUAAAGAUCACAGGGAAAGAUCGGAUCGUCCUGAUAAGUCACGUGGAGAUGAUUUUGUCGAGAGAUCCAGAGAUAGGUCAAUGGAGAGACAUGGAAGGGAUCAUUCAGCUGAAAAAUUGCAAGAGAGGGGUUCAGAUAGGAGUCUUGAUAGAUUGCCUGACAAAUCUAAGGAUGAGAAAGGUAAAGGGCGUCACAGUGAUAUAUCCGCUGAAAAAUCUCAUGUUGAUGAUCGAUAUCAUGGGCAGAGCUUACCUCCACCACCACCCUUACCUCCUCACAUUGUUCCUCAAUCUGUGAGUUCUGGAAGAAGAGACGAAGAUUCAGAUAGAAGGACUGCCGCUACAAGGCAUACUCAAAGGCUUUCUCCGAGACAUGAUGAGAAGGAACGUAGAAGAUCUGAAGAAAAUUCCUCCAUUUCUCAAGACGAUUCGAAACGUAGAAGAGAAGAUGAUUUUCGAGAGAGAAAGCGUGAUGAUCGUGAGGGUAUCUCAAAGGUGGAGGAGAGGGAUAGGGACAGGGAAAGGGGGCGGGAGAGAGAGAAAGAAAGGGAGAAAACCAACCUUUUGAAGGAAGAUCCAGAGACAAUAGCAGCUUCAAAGAGGCGGAAACUUAAACGAGAACAUCUGCCUUCUGGGGAAGCUGGUGAGUACUCACCAGUUCAUCCUCCCCCUCCCCUCUCUAUUAACUUGUCCCAGCCAUAUGAUGGAAGAGAUAGAGAACGGAAAGGACCCAUUGUCACUCGCGCAGGUUACAUGGAAGAACCAAGUCUAAGGAUUCACAGUAAAGAAGUAUCCAACAAGAUGACUCGCCGUGAUACAGACCCAAUGUACGACUGGGACGAAGAUAAAAGGCCAAGAGGUGAACAGAAACGAAGGCAUAGGAAGAACUAAAGAUUUCUAGAAUGCUGCCAAGAUGUAAACUAUGCAUCCAUAAUAUUUAUCUAGUGUUCCCGGUUUUGUAACUGAUGUUAUACAAGAAAUAAGAAUGUAUUCAUGCUAAAUAGCGUUGAUUUGUGCAAUCCCAUAAUUGGGUAGUGGUAGAUGCUCAUUCUUAUUUUCAGUGUACAACUGUAAAUUUCCAAUUGUAAAGUCAAGUAAAAAUUUUGCUGGUGCUGAGCCUGUCGUAUCA